AUGUAAAAUUCACUAAGUGAAUUAUAAUCUGAUCCUUGGUCAUCGUAUUUACCUUAUGAUAAUAAAUAUGAACUUCAAGGAUGUUGUUUUAAAACUAGACCUAAUUGGAGAGACAUGAAAGGUAUCAAAUCAUUAACACAAGAUAGAACAAUAAUUACAAAUAUUUAAGAUCAUGAUUUACCUGAUAAUACAAUUAGAACUUGUAAAUAUACACUAUGGACAUUUCUGCCCUUGAAUUUAAUAGAGUAAUUUUCAAAAAUGGCAAACAUCUACUUCUUAAUCGUCGGAUAUUUAGAAACUAUUGAUUUAGUCUCCAUUACUGAUGGAUAACCUGUUAUUUGGUUUCCUUUGUUUGUAGUCAUUGCGAUUUCAGCAUUCAAAGAUUUCUUAGAAGAUCAUAAACGUUACAUUUCUGAUUAAGAUGAGAAUAAUAGGUAUUCAAUUAUAUUAUUCAAUUAAGAAUAGCGUUAGUUUUGACACCUAACGGAUUGAUUGAGAAGAAAUGGUAACAAAUACUUGUUGGAGAUAUUAUUAGAGUUGAAUAAGGAGAAUACUUCCCUGCUGAUGUAAUUGUUGUCAAAACUAGUGAGAAAGGCAUUUGUUUCAUUGAAACUAAAAAUUUAGAUGGAGAAACUAAUCUAAAAAUUAAAAAAUAACAUAAAGCUCUUUAGUUUACAAGAAAUCUUAAUGAUUAUCAAUUAUAAAAAGAACAUAUCCUACUUCAUUAUGAUAAGCCUAAUCCUUAUUUAUAUAAAUUUAAUGGUACUAUCACAAUGUAUCCUGAACACAAUUUCAGCGACGGAGAACAAUCGAGAGAUUCUAUUAUUAAUUAUGAUGCUUAACAUAGAAAAGUUUAUCAACUAGAUGAAGUCAAUUUUAUUCUAAGAGGGUGUUCAUUAAGAAAUACUCACUGGAUAUAUGGAUUAGUUGUUUAUACUGGAUUUGAUACUAAGAUCAUGUUAAAUUCAACUAAGGCUAGACCUAAGUCAAGUACUUUAGAAUCAUUAAUGAAUUUCUUUAUUAUUCUAGUAUUUUUUAUGUAAAAUAUAUCUCAAAAUAAAUAGAUAAUUAGUUAUAUGCUUAUUUUCAGCAUAAUAUUCAGUCUUUUGGUAAUUAGAUAAUUUUAUGGAUAUUCCUUAUCUUGAAUUAGAUGAAAAUGAUCUAUAAACUAAUAUUGUUUUUAGAACCAUGGAAAGAUGGGGAACUUGGUUAUUAAUUUAUACUAAUUUUGUCCCAAUCUCUUUAUUAGUGACUUUAGAAAUGGUAUGAAAAUAAUUUGGUAUCUAGUGUAGGUUAAAUAUUUACAAGGUAUCAUGAUAGAAAAUGAUAAAUAGUGUAUGUCUUAAAAUCAAAAAACUGAAGUGCAAACUUCUAAUCUAAAUGAAGAAUUAGGAAAUGUUAAAUAUAUGUUUACUGAUAAAACAGGAACUAUUACAAAAAAUUUAAUGGAAUUCAAAACAAUAUCCAUUUUUGGUAAAUCAUAUGGGAUGGUAAACAAUCGAAGUUAAAUUUUAAAUUCUGAUGACCUUAUUAAGAGACCUGAAGUAACUAAUGUUGACUUUAAAGAUAAAUAACUUUUUAAUGAUUUAAAAUAGAAUGAUGAUCAUUCUAGAAGGAUUAUAGAAUAUUUUCUACAUCUUGCUUUAUGUCACACUAUCUUAGUCGAAUAUGAAUAAGGCAAAAUUAAGUAUAAUGCAUCUUCUCCAGAUGAAUUAGCAUUAUUAAUGGGAGCUAAAUUUUGUGGGUUUGAAUAUAUUGGUUUAGACGAUGGAAUGAUGAUGGUGAAGUAUAAAGAUUAGUUGUUAAAGUAUAAGUUAUUACAGGUUUUAGAAUUUACUUCAGCAAGAAAAAGAAUGUCUGUAAUUGUUUAAGACUAAAAUAAUUAAAUUAUAUUAUUAUGUAAAGGAGCUGAUUCUAUGAUAAUAAAUUUAUUAGAUAAAUAAAAUGCUUAAAAUUAAGAAUUAUUGUAAAUUACAGAGUAACAUUUAGAAUAAUAUGCAGAAAAAGGAUUAAGAACUUUAUUGUUAGCAUAAAAAGAUUUAAGCCAAUAAUAAUAUGAUGAAUGGAUUAUGAAAUAUUUACAAGCAGGUUUAUAAACCAUUAACAGAGAUGAACUAUUGUUAAGUUUAUAAGAUUAAAUAGAAAAUAAUCUAGUCUUAAUUGGAGGAACUGGAAUUGAAGAUAAAUUAUAAGAUGAUGUUGGUAUUACAAUGUAGAAAAUAUUGAAUUCAGGCAUUAAAAUAUGGGUAUUAACAGGAGAUAAGUUAGAAACUGCAAUAAAUAUUAGUUAUGCUUGUAAUUUAUUAAGUGAUUCAUAAUAAAAAAUAGUAAUUUCAGCAGAUGAUUAAUUUGAAGCAUAAUUUAAAAUAAAUUAAGGUUUAGAUAUGAUAAAAUCUUAAUUCUAAAAUCUUUCAACUGCUUUGAUAAUAUCAGGUGAUUCAUUGAUUCAUUUAGAUGAAAAGCAUCUUAUUAAAUUUAUAGAAUUGGCUAAAUAAUGUCAUACUGUAAUAGCUUGCAGAGUAUCACCAAAAUAGAAAUAAGAAUUAGUACAAUUAGUAAAAGAUAAUAUACAUAAUAUUGUAACAAUGGCAGUAGGAGAUGGAGCAAAUGAUGUUAAUAUGAUAACUGCUGCAAAUAUAGGAAUAGGAAUAAAAGGUGUAGAAGGUAAUUAAGCAGCAAGAGCAGCAGAUUAUUCUAUUGGUGAAUUCAAAAUCUUAUAAUAAUUAUUACUUUAUCAUGGAAGAGAAUGUUACAGGAGAAAUCAAGUUCUUGUUGGAUAUAACUUCUAUAAAAAUCUACUGAUUGUAUUACCACAUUUUUGGUUCUCAUUUUAUAAUGGAUUUUCACCUCUCAAUUUGUAUGAUCCAUGGCUUUAUCAAUUUUAUAAUAUGUUUUAUACAAGUGUACCUAUUAUGAUAUAUGCAAUCUUAGAUUAAUAAUAUUCAUCUAAUUUUCUUUUAUAAAGUAUAUUAUUUAUUUAUUUAUCUUUAGAUCCAUAGCUCUAUUAAACAACUAAUAAAGUAAAUCUGAUGACUUUCUUUUUUUGGUUUUGUUCAGGUGGAAUGCAAUCAGCAAUUGUCAUUUAUAUAGUUUUUCCAUCUAUGGAAUUAACAAGUAUUGAUAAAGAAGGAAGAAUCCUCUUUCUUUCAUCAGUAGGCAUGGCUUUAUUCUGUUAUGCAAUUAUAAUUGUGAAUCUGAAAGUCUUUGUCUUCUCUUAUAUGAAUUCUAUAGGAUCUGUACUAUCCAUAUUUGGUUCAAUCAUUCUUUAUUUGCUUACUUAUAUGUUUUUAUCAUCAUUUACAAAUAAAUUAGACAUUUCACAUACAUUUAUCCAUUUGUUUUCAAAUGUUUAAUUUUAUUUUAUUUUGAGUGGAAUUAUUGUUUUGACAAUCCUUUCUGAUUUAGCACUUUCAAGAUGGUCUAUAUUUUCAGAAUAAUAAUUAUUUGAAAUCCGUAAAAUAAGAGACAAAUAAGAACCUGCUUCAUCAGAGAAAUCUAGAUUUGGAAGUAGUCCUCCUUCAUCUAUGAUACCUCCUAAUAAAUUUGAUAAUCUAUUCUAUGAAGAAGAUGAAUAUGAUGAUACAUCUGCACUUCUACCUGUUAAACCAGUUAAAAGUAGAAAAUAUACUGGUUAUGCUUUUGCUUAAUAAGAAAAAAAGCUUGAUGAAGCUCUUAGAAAUGCAGAAAAUUGA